AUGGCUUUGUCGACGGUUUCGGCGGUACACGUGUCGCCGAAGACAGUGUGCAAGGCCAUCACCUCGCCGGGCGUGACAAACAAUUGCAAGUUCAUGGAGGCUGCAAAUGCGCUGAACAACAACCUCGGCAGGAAGCUGAGCGUUUCGAAGUCGUUCCGCCUCGGCGACCUCGACGUGACCUGCUCCCUGCGCAGCCCCGACGUUGACCCGCACAGCCGCUGCGGCACCCAGCUCGUGCCCAUCAACGUGCAGCGCCAUGAGCCGCUCGCGAGGAUAGAAGACGCCAAGCUGGACCAGCUCGUCGACGAGUUCAAGCUCGAGGGGACCCUGGUACUUGACGGAGCGAACACUUUGAUGGGCAGCGUCUGCGUGGACAUGCCGAAGGUGUGCCAGUACGCAGUGACCGCCCGCGGAAAGACGGUCAGUCAGGGCGUCCUGGACUUCGCCGACACGCUGCGGCGCUUGGACUUUGCGUAUCAGCACGCGGACCUGGUGCUGCACGCCGCCCACAACAACCGCUCGCACGAGACCUCCGUGGAGCUUCUGAAACGGAUGGAGGACAUGUACAUCCUGCAGGGCAAGUACGUCCACAUCACCCCCAAGGUCGAGCUGGUGUUCCACCCGGGCCUGAGUCCGAAGUCGAACUUCGGCCUCGGCAUUCAGCGCGGCAAGGACUCCAUCACCCCCAUAUUCUACCCGAUGGAAAAGAAGGUCGAGGUCCUGGUCGAGAAGACCAUCACCGACGGACUGAAGGCGGGGCUGUUCUGGAGCAAGGACAACCGACUCUACAUCAACCUCAGCCUCAGCAUGCCAUGGGGGAAGAACGGGUGGCAAAACAUCGCAUUCAGGUUCGUAUUCCCCGAGGUGGCCAAGUCGCACGUCCACAUGUUGAACGAGGUCAAAUUCUGA